UGCGUCGAUGGAGGGGUAGAUUUCAUGCAUGUGUUUUCAAAGGUGUCUUAUCGGUGGUCCACUUUCGCCACCAUUCAUUGUCCUUGUUCGUUUGGUCGGCUUUCCCCAGCCACAUCAUCGGCCGAGGUCUUCUAGGGGCUGAGCAUUGGCAGAGCCUCGUACAACUUUCCUCAACACUGCUUCCCUGAAUCGUGUUAUUCGCGAUCCUUUGGCAUUCUUACAUGCGGCAUGUUGUUGGGGAUCUAUUAAUACGGUAGCCAUGAUUGCCUCCACGAGGAGAUUCCUGAAGAGGAACAGGACUCCUAUUGCCAUUGGGUUUGGAGUGGUAGGUGCUGGCUAUGUUGCUACGCAAUAUGUGUUGGGCAAGAUCUCGAGCGCACGGGAGGGCAUGAGCAGAGAUCGCAUUGCUCGAGAAAAUCUUCGACGGCGAUUCGAGCAAAACCAAGAAGAUUGCACUUUCACAGUCCUGGCCCUACUCCCAACAGCUACGGAUAAUAUUAUGGCGGAGCUGGAAACUGAGAGGAUAACUUUCGAAUUACAGCAGCAGAAAGCGGCAAAGUUGGCAAGAAAUGGAGAAGCUCACCUUUCAGAAAUCGGUUCUGCACCACCCAGCGUGACGGAUGAUGAUGGGAGGAGCAUGGCUAGCCUGCAAAGUGAGAGCGGAAUCCAUGCAAGUCAGAUGGGUCUUCCUUCAGCAUCUGCAGCUGGGGAAGGUCUUCAAGAUGGUGGACAGCAAGUUUCAAAAGCCAAGAAGACCAAGCUUCAGUUAUGGAACGAGUUAAAGAUCAGCUCUAUUACUCGGUCUUUUACGCUGAUAUACACCCUGGCUCUUCUCACGCUCCUGACUCGAAUACAAUUGAACCUGUUAGGACGGCGAAGCUAUCUUUCAAGCGUUGUGUCACUAGCCACUGGAGGAAUGGAGCAAUCGACGAUCAGCUUAGAGAAUAAUGACGACGACAACCCUGACCAAGCAUAUGGGAACGAUUUCGAGACCAACAGGAAGUACCUUACUUUUAGCUGGUGGCUUCUACAUCGAGGGUGGAAAGAGGUCAUGCUGAAGGUCGAAGCUGCCGUGAAGGAAGUCUUUGGCAGUUUGAGUAUAAGAGACGAUAUCUCAAUGCAACGAUUCUCAGAACUUACUCUCGAAGUCCGGAAGAAAGUCGAGGGUGCUACAGAAGAGGAGAGAAAAGAGGGGAAGUGGUUGCAGUAUUUGCUACCACCGAGAGAGCAAGAGGCUUUCGUGCUUAAAGAGUCGGGAAUGGAAGCAGAAGUAACGCCUACAAGCUUAGUGUCUAUAUCUUCCUCGAGCAUUACUCCUUUGAGACGCUUACUGGACGAAACCUCGGAUCUGAUCGAUUCACCACCAUUUUCUCACGUCUUGACGCUAUUACUGGAUGCUGGGUAUUCAACACUGGUCGACCAGAAGAUUGCUCAACAAGCAUACAAGGUUCCACCAACGUCCGAUAUCCCAGAUCUCAACGCUCCUCGGGUGACAGAAAUCGUGGAUGUCAAGCCUGUAAAAUUACCGAUAGUUCUGGCCAUCUUGACGAGACAAGCUCAUUCCAUUGGCAAUGGCGUUCCGAAUGAGUAUCUCCAAGCGAUGGAACAAGUACGUGAUCUGGAGGCAUUUGCUGCAGUCGUGUAUUCUAGCAAUUGGGAGAGCGAGAUUAGUCCUAUGGCAGAUGAAGGAAGUACAGUCCUAGUACCGAAAGACGAAACGGCCGAAGUUGUCCCAGCGGAAGCAGGACAAGAUAGUGUAAUAGAUGUUGGGACUACGACCACAUUUGAAAGUGCUUGGGGGAAAGCGGUGGAGACGGCAGAGAAGGGGAAGGUAGCUUAAGGAUAUAUAUGAGCCAGGAGUUCUGGUCUGGGCAGUGGUAUGGGUGGAAAGGAUGGAUAUCUGCUCAGGGGUUCAUGAUGAGACAUGUAAGAUACCAAGUAAUGCCACAAGUGAUUAUUGAACGU